AUGAACCAAUUGCUUGUCCAGCAUGGAAUUAAACUUGAAGAACAAGGAAUCAAAAUUGAUGAGCAUGAACUUGAACUUGAACAACAAAAGCAUAGCCUUCGUCAUAUUAAGACUGCCACUGAUGAUUUGACCAAAAAGUACGAAAAGCUGCAUCCUCCUGCUGACGAUAAGAUUGACUAUGCCUUGCUGUCGAAAGGUGCGCUUGUUAUCCCCUUCAUGACUUCAAAGACUUUCCGACCGCUUCCAACGUGGGUCCGUGCUGCCCGGCGCUUCGCUGGUCUCAAAAAAAUAUCAGGAUCAGGGCCAGAAAUAGCACUUCAACCUACAGUUCAUCAUGGUGAAUGCUGGUCCAUGCAAGGUACUUCCGGAACACUGGCCAUUCUUCUUCCCCAGCCUAUCAUGAUUGAUGGUAUCACUGUUGAAUACCCCUUGCCAGAGACAGUGAUCGAUAUGAGCAGUGCUCCCAGAGACAUCCAGAUCCUUGGAGCUAAGGAUAUCAAUCAGUCCAAUCAUGCGCAGACGCUUGGUUUCAUUAAGUAUGAUAUUCAUAAGCAUCAAUCCGUUCAAACGUUUGAGUUUGAAUCAACUAAGCAUCUCACCGUGGUGCUUGUUCAAGUGUUAUCGAAUUGGGGUAACAGAGAGCAUACGGACCUAUGUCGCGUAAGGAUUCAUGGAAGGCCUAGCCUUGAAUAA